CAGCAGCAGAAGAAGAGACGAGGAGAGAGUCACAGUUCCUCUGGUCCACGAUCACACGGCAGCAGUAAUCUAUAACCUGUUGUCGAUGAUGUCGGUGCUGCAGCUUCCUGCCGAGCUGUGGCUGCAGGUGUUCAGCUUCCUGUCCUGGAGAGACAAACUGAGCGUGCGCUGCACCUGCUCACACUUCAAACACCUGCUGGAUAAGUCCCGCCCCCUGUGGCGAGGCUUCACCGUGGUACUGCGACAGUUCUCCAGAUACAACCGGCCGUUCUGGCGCAGCCUGGCUCAGAGGCAUGUGGACAGCGUAUCUGUGCGUUCAGGUAAGAGGAAACACCUGAAGCAACUUGCCACCUGGCUUCCUGCUCUCGAGGCGUUGCGGUUGGACGACUGGCAGGAAGGCUGCGUCGAUGACCUGAAACUGUUCCACCGGCUGCAGCUGCUGUCCGUCACUUCCUGUUCCAUGCCGUUGAAGAGCGUCGACUUCCUGCUUCCUCUCAGUCAUCACCUGUUGCAGCUCAGACUGUGUAAUGUGCAGCUCACCUGUAACGCCUCUCACCUGUUGACCUCCAUCAGUCAGCUGACUCGUCUCACCUUGCUGCAGCUUCACCAUGACGGCAGUCUGAGAGUCCCAAAGCCCAGCGGCGUCCUGACUCACCUGACCGAGCUCAAACACCUGUCCUGGACCAUGAUCACAUACAAGACGCUGUCACAUGACUUCUUCAGCCCCGCCCACCUCACAGGUGGUGGCGCUCUGCAGCUGUCUGACCUCCAACUGUUAAACUAUGACGCAGUGGUGACGCAGGAAGUUCUGCAGCCUUUGUCCCGCCUCCGCAGCCUGUCAAUCUUCCACCUGUAUUCCGUACCGGGACCCACCUGUCACCUGCAAACAUGGCUGACGUCACUGCCACAGCUCCGCAGCCUCAGCGUGCACGGAGGCCAUCCUCUAGCGGCGUAUGCUGACUUCCUGCCAUCCUCCCUCCUCAGUCUGACUCUCUGUGUGGAUCUGCAGCCUGAAGACCUGCAGGUGGUCUCACAGAGAGCGCCUCACCUGGAACACCUGCACCUGGAGCCCUGGAGCUCCUCCGCCAGUGUGAUCAGACUCCUCCCACAGCUGUUCCCUCAACUGAGGACGCUCCGAAUCAGACAUCAUCACCUGUCAGACAGUGACUUCCUGCGUCUGCAGCAGCUUCAACAUCUCAACACUCUGGAGAUUUUGGAUUCGUACUACAGACCUGACCCGUCCGACCCGAGUUGGGUCGUCUACGAGCCGAGCUCCCGUCUGCUGCAGCUGAUCUCUGACCUUCAGAAACUGACCAACCACCGAGUCCAAGUCAUCACCAGCUCACACAGAGACACGCUCUCCUGCCACUGUGUCUGACCAAUCAGAAACUGUUUGCCCUGCUGUGAGGGCGGGGUCAGUUCUCAGGAGAGCACUGAAACACAGAUCCAAAGAUUUUAUCAAACAUGUUAUCAAAUGUUUGUCAGUGUGAAGUUUAUAAAUAUUUAAAUUAUAUUAUUGAACUAAA